AUGGACGACAAUGGGCCAGAUGGUGACACCUCGAAUGUAGUGAGGGAUACACCGGUGGAUUUGACUGCCCCGUCGUUCAUUCCAGAAGAACUAAUGCUGCAACCCAGUAACGAAACAAGUAAUGACGCCAGGUAUCUAGAUGAGCUCGUCAAAGAUUUAAGCAUACUGGCUUCGUAUAGAAUAGAUCACCCUGGUAAACUUCGUCACGCCUAUGAGUUAUUGUACACCGAAGUCAAUCGUGUCUUGGAUGCGAUCAACGAAAGUCAGCGAGAAGCCAAUGCGACGCGCAAUAACGGAUAUUCAAAUACUUGGCAAGGCCCCGGAACCCUAUUAUAA